UUUCGCUUUUCUGUAGUUGUGAGUUUCUCGAUCUCCUGUUUAUUUUCGAUUUUAUGUCAAUAAUCGCUCGUCUGAGUGAAAUUAGGACAGAAGGCUGGAAACAUGUAACCAAUGAAGCCAUAUCUCCAAGCUUUUGAUUGGACAUUGAGUGCAUCAGUUUAGCUAGCAAGCUUAUUUCAGUGUUUACAGUUUUGGCAGCGACAGCAGACCGAGCGAGCCCAGCGCGGCAGUGGAUACGGCCGCACACCUCGCCUGUGUUUCUGCGGUCAAGCUACAGCCAUGUCGUGCACGCUGGAGAAGGUGCUGUCGGACGCUCGGACUUUGCUGGAGAGGCUGAAAGAGCACGACACGGCGGCGGAGAGUCUGAUCGAGCAGUCGAGCACCCUGAGCCAGAGGGUCCACAGCAUGAAGGAGGUGGGAAACGCUCUGCCUGAUAAGUACAUGGAGGAGAGUGCAGGAUACCAGGAGCUCUCCAAAUAUAAGCCCCAUGUUCUGCUGUCUCAGGAGAACACCCAAAUUAAGGAACUUCAGCAGGAGAACAGAGAGCUUUGGCUUUCCUUGGAAGAGCACCAGUAUGCUCUGGAGUUGAUCAUGGGUCGAUACCGCAAGCAAAUGCUUCAGCUAAUGAUGGGAAAGAAGGAGCUGGACACCAAGCCUGUGCUCAGCCUUCACGAGGACCAUGCCAAAGAGGUUCAGAGCCAGCUGGAGCGGAUAUGUGAGAUGGGUCAGGUGAUGCGGAGAGCAGUACAAGUGGAUGACCAGCACUACUGCUCUGUGAAAGAGAGACUGGCUCAACUGGAGAUUGAAAACAGGGAGCUGCGUGAUCUCUUGGCCAUCAGUAAGAACACCCUGAAACCACACAGAGAAGAGGUCAGCCAACCGAACACAGAGCCUAAGUCCAAAGUUGCUGACAAGAAUUGAUGACAUCCAAAGACACAAAGAGUUGUCUUGUGGCUGCAGUUUCAGUGCAGUUUCUAUUGUACCAUCUCACUCUCAGGACACCUGUUAGCUCACAUCUGUAUCAUGGUUUAUUCAUAUUGCUGAACCAUCCCAGUGUAUCCUGACCUCCUGCUGCCCACUGCUGCACUUUCUGUGAUGGAUUAACAGAAGCAGUUUCCUUCUGUUUUUCUCAGGAAAUACACACAGCAGCCCCUCAUCAGUAGACAGCACUCUGCAAACCUAAAUAUACUUCUGUUUCUGCAGCUCUUUUUUGUUUUAUUUAUAAAAUAUUCACUCUGGAAAAUCCUCAGAUUUUGCUGUAUUAUCAUAUUUUUUCAUGCAAAAACAGCCACGCUGAGUAAAAUAAUGGUGGUUAGUUUCCUGUUAGUGAUUUCUUUAAAAUGACUAUAAUCUGAAAAAUACCAGUUAUUCAGACUAACCAGAAACACCCAUAACAUGCCCAAGGAGGCUGCUCUGUUGAAAUGAGCAAGAAACAUUCAAGGGAAAUUAUUCCAUACAUUAUUAAUGACUAUAAGGACUUACAGAGUGGAGUGGCUGCUAGUAAUGUAAUACUUGAAGUAUGCCUAAUACUGCUGUCUGUAAUAUGGUGUCAGUAAAUGAGCCAGUAUUUAAAGUCUAAUCUAAAGCUCACUUUUUGAGCAAUGUGUCAUCAUAUUAUGAGUUUGUUUUUGUUUUUUCGUAAACUGACUGGAUUUUCUCCACAUUUUUAAAUGGUCAAAAAUGAAAAAAAAAGUAUCUUUCGGUUUAUAAAACUAUAAACUGAUGUGAAACUAACUACAGUGAGAUUUUAUUUAGCCUGCAUGUGUUUUGCAAAUAUCUGUUAAUUAAAAUUUUGCAUGUGUGAUUUUAAUACAGCAAAUCCUGAAUCAUUUUUGGGUUGAAUAUUUUUUUGCAAGAUAUUAAUUCCAUGAUGUGUUUAAUAUGAUGAUUUAAUAUGAUUUUUAAAAUAAAUAAAACUUUAAAAUGUAGCCUUGAAUUUGACUGGCUGUGCUAGCUUUUAAUGAAUAAAAUGGACUUCUUAUAUGUUUUGGUCUUUUCGAAAGAAAUUCCGUUCUGGUCUGUGUCUCAGAACUGGCCACAACAGCUUGUUUCAGUUUGUGAGUACAGCAGAAGAGUAAACCCUGAGCUCGAGGUGAGGUACAUGGUGCUGGUUUUCCUGAUCAGGGCUGAUCCUGAGCCGUUUAAGACUGAGAGUAUCAACUGGUGGUGUUAUUUAGUUCAUGACUGUGCUUAUUAUGUCAUACCUGUAGUGUCAUGCAGGUGCUUCUAAUAUUAUAUGGUUGCGUUGUCACCUCAGGAAAUUGUUACAGUCAUUAUUUUUUUAUCAACUAGAUAUGUCAAAUGUAAGAGAAUAUUGAAAUAUUAAAAGUACUUAAAUGUUGACUUAAUAAAACAUUACAAUGAC